UAGUUUCCCAUUGCAAUGCAAGUGCAGCAAAAUAGGAAAACCUCAAUAAAGAUUACAAAAUAAUCUUUCUCUCCAUGGAAUGAAUGAUGAAACAAAAGUUGUGCAAGAAGUGAUUAUACACAGAUUACACACUAAAUUCCCAAGAAGAUCCUCUUUGCUUAUCUUCUCAAUCCUUUGUGGGGUCUGGCCCUAGGGGCUAUAUAACCAUAGCUGCGGUAUUAAGUUUUAGAGCAGACCCUUGGCUGCAUUAACAGCACUCCCAGGUUACUCUACUGCCAAUCCAAAUCCUAACAAAGCAAAGAUGGAGAACGGCACAGAGGGCAAGAACUUCUACAUCCCCAUGAACAACAGGACGGGGCUAGUUAGGAGUCCAUAUGAAUAUACACAGUAUUAUUUGGCGGAUCCAUGGCAAUUCAAGUUACUGGCUUUCUACAUGUUCUUCCUGAUCUGCACUGGCUUCCCCAUCAACGCUCUCACUCUGCUGGUCACAGCCCAAAACAAGAAGCUACGACAACCUCUCAACUUCAUCCUGGUCAACCUGGCUGUGGCCGGACUCAUCAUGGUGUGCUUUGGAUUCACUGUCGCGUUUUAUUCUUCUCUAAUGGGCUAUUUCUCCUUGGGACCAAUGGGUUGUGCAAUUGAAGGAUUCAUGGCAACGCUUGGAGGUCAAGUGUCUCUGUGGUCCCUUGUGGUUCUGGCUAUUGAGAGAUAUAUUGUUGUCUGUAAACCCAUGGGAAGCUUCAAAUUUACAUCCACCCACGCUGCAACAGGUUGUGCCUUCACCUGGGUCAUGGCUGCCUCCUGCGCUAUUCCUCCUCUGGUUGGCUGGUCAAGGUACAUCCCUGAGGGUAUUCAGGUCUCCUGUGGACCAGACUACUACACUAUGGCUCCAGGCUACAACAAUGAAUCAUUUGUCUUGUACAUGUUCACCUGCCACUUCUGUGUCCCUGUCUUUACCAUCUUCUUCACUUAUGGAAACUUAGUGUGCACAGUGAAGGCGGCUGCAGCUCAGCAACAGGACUCAGCAUCCACCCAGAAGGCUGAGAGGGAAGUGACACGCAUGUGCAUCCUGAUGGUGCUGGGCUUCCUCGUGGCCUGGACCCCAUAUGCAAGCUUUGCUGCCUGGAUCUUCUUCAACAAGGGAGCUGCCUUCUCAGCCAUGGCCAUGGCCAUCCCUGCCUUCUUCUCAAAGACCUCAGCGCUGUUCAACCCUAUUAUCUAUGUGCUGUUGAACAAACAGUUCCGUAACUGCAUGCUGACCACUGUUGGAAUGGGCGGUAUGGUGGAGGAUGAGACCUCAGCAUCAACCAGCAAGACAGAAGUGUCCUCUGUUUCCUAAACACAGACCAUUCCCUACAACUCUGACAGAUUUUUCUCAUGGACUAAAAACAUUUCAACACAGACUGUCGUAUCACUUGGUUCCAUUGUUCAAGACAUACUGCAGGUUGCUAAAAGUCCCCUGAAAGCUGUUGCACAUGGUACAAUAGGGUCUGAUGUCCGGUACAGUGUGUGGAGCUGAAGGUGGAAAAUAAGUUAAAGUAGUUUUGCUGUUAACCCAAAGGAUGAAUGUUAUCAGGCAGUUGAUCGAUCCCUGUGAGGGACAGGAGUGCCAUCAGUAGCAUCAUCCCCUUCACAAAGAUGAACCAGCAUUUACUUUCUUCUGAACGUUCUUCUUAUUUUUUGAGGGCCAAAAUUGCUUUUCUUGGUCAAUUUUAUAUAUAUAUUUUAUAAAUACUUAUGGCAUUGUAAA